GGACGCGGGGCCGGAGCAGGGGACACCGGGGGGACUUCAACGCGGCCGCGAGGCGGGGGCGCCGUCGCUCACCGGCCCAUGCCGAGCCCCCGAUCCCCGUGGAGGAAGCGGGACCGUCCGCGGCGGGACAGCCUGGAAGCUCCAUGGUGACAAAGUGUGCACCCUCUCCUUUCCCCUCCUCUCGCCUCUCUCACCACUGUAUCCCGAGCAUCUGGUACAGUGCCUGGCAUGUAGCUCAUAGCCCAUAGGUACGUGUUGGAUGGGUAAAGGACUGAGCCAACUCUACCAGGCUCUCUGAGGACUGCUCGGCCGGUCCAGGCUCCCCUCCCUAGCAGCUGCCCCCAGAACCAUGGAGAGUCUGAGUGAACUUCAGAACCCGUUGCUGCCUAGGAGCCCUGCCCACCUCCACGGUCCCUGUCCCUACCCGGAGGCUCCACCCAGCUGGUCCUGCCAGGAGAAGCUGUAUUCCUACCUCCUGGGUGGCGCUGGCCCCACUCGAGCCCACCAGCUCCUGGACCCAGGGUCCCUGCAGCUGGCCGUGGAGGCCUGGUACCGGCCCAGCUGCCUCCUGGGGAGGGACAAGGUCAAGGAGCCCAAGGCAGGCAGCUGUGAGACCAGCUUCACAGAGGGCAGGGAGCCGCAGGCAGGGCCCACGGAGCGGCCCACAGAACCCAGCCAAGCUGAAGAGGAUGUCACCAUCCAGACAGUGUCCUAUGGAGUUCAGGAGGAGCUGCAGGGCCAGGAGGAUGACCAGGAAGAGGACGAGAGUGAUGCGACUUCCACAGAGAGCGAAAGCGAGGACAACUUCCUCACGCUGCCCCCCAGGGACCACCUGGGGCUCACGCUCUUCUCCAUGCUGUGCUGCUUCUGGCCUCUGGGCAUCGCCGCCUUCUACUUCUCCCAGGGGACCAGCAAGGCCAUCUCCAAGGGGGACUUCCGCCUGGCCAGCACCACCUCCCGCCGGGCCCUCUUCCUGGCCACGCUCUCCAUCGCCGUGGGCGCCGGUCUCUAUGUGGCCGUGGUGGUGGCUCUGGCAGCUUACAUGUCCCAGAACGGCCAUGGCUAGUGGCCGGUAGGGCCUGCAUCCUGCCUCCCCUGCCACCUGAGGAAGCACAGGGCUUAGGGCAGCAGAUCCGACGGAGAGCCCCGGCCCCCCCAGACAGAACCCGAGGGAGUGGCUUGCUGGGGGGAGCCCCCAGUCUGCAGCCUGCAGAGCUCAGCCUUCACUUCUUCUCGCCCACUGCUCCCAGCCCCGGUGCAGGGCCAGGGGCACCGCUGUCUAACCCAGGCUGCAGCGGGGACGCAGGAGAGGGCAGGGCUGCUCACCAGGCCAUCGGGCAGGGCCUCGCUCAGCCCACCCUGCCCAUUCCCUGGAGGGUCUCCUGCCCUGCAGGCAGCCCACCACUCACUCUGCCAACCUCCCCACAGAGAACGAGCAGGGGGUCACAGGGAAGAAAAAGGGUACCCAGGGGAGAGGGGACCCAACCCAGUCUUCUUGGCCCACAGGGGUCUUCAUCUGGGGACAGCCCAGAGCAUCCCCCAACUCUGCUCUCUGGCCCCAUCACACCCAAACCCCAGCCAUCUGGAAGGAAAUCCAUGGAGGCGCAGGGGCCCUUGCUCUUCCUGCCUCUAGGGGAUGCUCAUCUCCCCCCUGGAGUCUGGAUAGAGGAGUCUCACUCAGCAUGUGAACUCUGAACCAAGGGCAGGUUCUUGGAGCUUUUCCGUGCAGGAGCAAAAAGGCAGAUGUGAUGACAGAGAGACUAAAGGGCCCUGAAAUAUUGCUGGACCACACUCUGUCCCUGUUCCCUGCCCCCAUCAUCCUUUUCUGCCUGGAGUCCUGAGCUGGUGCCAUCCCAGGUAGACAGAGAGAGAGUGCCAUCAGCCCACCAGCCCCAGUGCAGGGCCCUGGAUCCAGCCCUGCAGGAAAUGCAGCGAGGAGAGACCCUGGGGAGUAGUGAAUGCAGGUGAGGGGCACAGGGCAGGUGUGGCCUGCUGAGUAGCCAACAGUCCUCAGGAAGGCUUCUUGGAGGAGGUGUCCCUUAAGCAAGGCCUAGCAGGAUGAGUAGAAUUCAAAAAGAGAUCCAUUUUCACAUAAUUCCUUGUAUUUGUGGGCAGGGGUGUGGCAGGAGCCUUCCAUGGGGGUUUCCAAGGUGUUUGGAUUCUGCCUGGAACAUCCAGGCUGGAGCCAAACUGCAGCCUUUCCCAGUGGUUCCACCAGGUCAAGGAGGAAGGUCCAGCCGUCUCUCAAAAACCAGUGAUGUUUUCCCACCUCUGAAUGCUAGGGGGUUGGUGGUGGGCCUCUGGCCACCUUUGGGGCAUCUUCAUGGAUAACCCCACUCAGGGCUGCUCUCAACACCCCCAGCCACUAAGGAACACCCAGAAUUUUAGAGAUAUCCAAGCAGCCAAGGGGAGAACGUUGGGAGGGCAGGUCUGUCUGGGCCCAAGCUACAGGACCCUGUUGUGCAUGAUUUGGGGACCUGGACGUUCCCGUGCGCCAUCCAGCGCCCAGGGCUUUGCUCACCAUGGGCCAUCCCUUGUCCCACCAUCCUCCCCCACCUGGGGCAUUGCCAGCCCUCCACUCCCUGCAUCAUCUGCAGUUUUAAGGUCACAUUAUUGUAUUUAUUUAUCCUUGUAAUAAACGUUUCCAUAACA